GGUGGGUGAUUCCCUGACCUGACUACGUCAGUGAAGAUCUAGCAGACAUGAGAUGAUCAGCUACGAUACAGACGGCAGCAUUGUUAGAGGUUUUUCAGUGACAUCGCGUCGGAGCUUUGAACUUAACAGUCACAUCCUAUUAGCCCAGGGAAGUACAGCCAAGCUGUCACUAUGGCAACGAGCGCUGUUCCCAGCGACAAUCUCCCCACGUAUAAGUUGGUGGUGGUCGGCGACGGGGGGGUCGGGAAGAGUGCUCUCACCAUCCAGUUUUUUCAGAAGAUCUUUGUCCCUGAUUAUGACCCGACCAUCGAGGACUCCUACCUCAAACACACCGAGAUUGAUGCCCAGUGGGCCAUACUGGAUGUUCUGGAUACGGCCGGCCAGGAGGAGUUCAGUGCCAUGAGAGAACAGUACAUGAGGACCGGGGAUGGGUUCCUCAUCGUGUUCUCCGUCACAGACAAGGCCAGCUUUGAACAUGUGGACCGCUUCCAUCAGCUGAUCCUCAGGGUGAAGGACCGGGAAUCUUUUCCCAUGGUUCUUGUGGCAAACAAAGUGGACCUACUGCAUCUAAGAAAAAUCAGCAGUGAUCAGGGGAGGGACAUGGCCAGCAAACACGAUAUAAGGUACAUUGAGACAAGCGCUAAGGACCCAGCCAUGAAUGUUGACAAGGCCUUCCAUGAGUUAGUUAGAGUGAUCAGGCAACAGAUCCCAGAGAGGAGCCAGAAGAAGAAGAACAAAACCAAGUGGCGUGCCGAAAGGUCCACUGUCUCCCACAGGCUGCGUUGUGUCAUCCUAUGAUGGCUUCAGGUUUACAGUGGAUCCCUAUGAGACGGGGGGGAGAACCUGGGAAUAUUCAGGAGUGUUUACAGCAGGCAGUCCGUGCCCUCAGCCCUUGCAUAUAAAUUUGGUGUUUUGGUCCAACAGGACAGCAUUAUCCCAGACAGGGGGACAGAUGGGAUUGACUCGCCCUGAAACGAGCAGCAGAAGGGUUAAGACGGAACUUCCUGACUACGAGGUGAUGUAGCGUUCAAUAUUGCCAUUGUCCACUACUGACAGGUAGAUUUGGACAAACAUGAAGUCAACGAAGAUCACUGGUAAAGAAUUAGAACCUAUUGUACAAGGUUUGAAUUAGAACCUACUGUACAAGGUUUGAAUUAGAACCUACUGUACAAGGUUUGAAUUAGAACCUACUGUACAAGGUUUGAAUUAGAACUUAAUGUACACGGUUUGAAUUAGAACCUACUGUACAAGGUUUGAAUUAGAACUUAAUGUACACGGUUUGAAUUAGAACCUACUGUACAAGGUUUGAAUUAGAACCUACUGUACACGGUUUGAUUUAGAACCUACUGUACACGGUUUGAAUUAGAACCUACUGUACACGGUUUGAUUUAGAACCUACUGUACAAGAGUUAAACGUUGGGUCUACUACUUCGAUCGUGAUUUUCCCUCGUUCAUGUGGUAACAUUUUUUAAAUAAAGACGGAGACAACUGAGUGAAUCACUGCGGGGAGGGAGGACAACGUUCUCCAGUAAGAGUGAGUGUAGUGGGGAGAGUGGGGGGAGGACGUGUCUGUUUGUGUUGGGGUCAGGGGGCCUGCCAGGCGGCAGAGAGCAGAAAGAGAGAAGCUUUUUCAAAUGGAUAGCAGCUGGCAUACAGACUGGGAGGCAGCCAACAUGUAGCCCAGGCAAAUGUCUUUAUAAUCUCUGAACAAGACUGUUAUUUAACUGUAAUGUAGUCUAUUGAUAGCACCACAUGUCUCAUUUGAAUGUACAUUGUGACCUAGAUGAUGAGAAGAACUUAUUUUUUUAUAUGUGAAUAUGUGUUUGUUUUGCUACUAUUUCACAAUAUAAUUUAUUGUUGUGUCAUUGUUAAUAUUUACUUCAGAGAGACUCAAGGCACAGACCUUAGGAAAAUGAAGAACCACAAGCAGCGUAAUUAAUGUAUUUUUAUGAAGAUGACUGUUACAUUUUCUUGUACACUAAAACAUUUCUUUAGGGGCAAUGCAAUGAAACCUUUUGGGAAACCCCUAUAUGAAUUCCUUAAGGAAAACAUUUGUAAGGGUAUUUUUGAAGAACUAAUUUUAGUGGUUCCUCAAAUAAAAAAUUUAGGAACCUACAACAAAAUCAUCCCCAAAAGGUUCUUUGAGGGACCAUUUAAAAGGGGUUCUUUGAAUAACUUAGAGGCUGCCCCAGUUUCAAUUUAAAGAACCCCUGUAUAUUCCCCCUUCAAAUGUCUCACUCUGGUCCCUCCUAAAACCCAUAUGACUUUUGGUUGUCAUUUGUGUGUGCCACUGCGCUGUAAAAAAUUACAAAACCCCCUGAGUUUGACACAUUCAUCACACCGCACUCCUUCACAAAUAUACUAGUUUCUAUGUGAUCAAUCCUCUCGUUGAAUCUGCCAAACCUAUCUGUCCAACGCUUUAUUUAAUGUAAUUUCAAGUCCAUUGUCUGUUCCCUUGUAUAUAUUGUUGUUAAUUUGUAUUUAUUUUGUACAUUAUUCAUGUUCUGUGUGUUGUCUUGUCUCUUGCAAUUAAUUUCCUUUGGCCGGGUCGUCAUUAAGGACUUACCUGAUUAAAUUACAGUGGAAAAAAUAUAAAUAAAUAUAAAUAAAUAAUAUAAAUAAUUUCCUUUUAGAGAUUAUUACAUGUGUAAACACAAUUUGCCUGUGUAAAAGCAUUUUUAUCAUGGCACAGACUGUAAAACUGGAGGUGAAGUCAUCUGGUAGGGGUCUCUGGGUUGUAAGGUGGUCUUGUGUAUCUAGGUUGUGAGGUGGUUUGGUAGGGGUCUCUGAGUAGUGAGGUGUUCUGGUAUGGGUCUCUGGGAGGUGAAGUAAUCUGGUAGGGGUCUCUGGGUGGUAGUAGUCAAAUCAUAGUCAAAUUAGUCUUGCGACAGAGUUUAUUGUAAAAGAGGGUUGAUGAUGUUAAUGUGUCCUUUGUGAUCAACCUCUUCUAGGGUCAUUUUUGCUCUCGCUCACGGCUGCAUAGGAACACUAACAUGAUCAUUAGGCUCAAAUAAUGCCAAGGGGCCCCUUAUAAAAUAUUACAUCUCCUAUUAGCUUGCAAGGUUCAUGCAGUGCAUUACAUUUCAUCCUACAUUCUUCGAGGAAACUUAUAAACUUUUUCUUGAAGUGGGGAAAGUGUAAAGUGUGAUAAUUAUAUUAUAGUUUUAACCUGUUUAAAAUGUUCAUUAGAUCUUUGUUUUGAUUUGGGACUUUCUCAGAACUAUACCUGGUGCUCCUCACAACCUUGGGUAAAGACGCUAGGUUUUCCAUGAGUCACCAGGUACAGUCCCAGCCGGGUCUGCGUGACUAUUUUCCCACAAAAAUCUUUAUCAGCCGAAAUGCUGGGUAAAUGAAUGGACAGGAGUUACACAGAAACCUGCAGAGUUCCACUAGGUAAGAUAAAGACAACACGGACAACUUUUCUUUAAUGAUUCAAUUAAAGAAACACAGGGGUUCACAUUAAGUGCCAAACACAACAUAGGAUAAUGGGUGGGAUACAAUGCCAGACCUUGAUUUAUAUUUAUAUUACACACAAUGUUAGCCAGAUUUUAUAGUUUAAACAAAUGUGCAACUUGCAAAAGUAUACAUUUGUGGGAUAACCUUUUCACACAAAUGGUGCUAAAUCUAAUGUUGUCAUGCACCAUUUACAGGGAUCAAUGUUCUGAAUCAAUCAAUCAAAUGUAUUUAUAAUGGACAUCACAAAAUAAUAAGGGAGAGAAAUGCUAAUACAGUAAUAUAUCAACUAAAUAAAAAACGAAUAAAAUGAAUUGUUCAUCAACAUCUGAUGAACAUCCAUUUCAUAUCAUCACAUCAUCUCAUCAUCUCAUCUCAUGAUGAACAUCCAACAUAGAGAAAUACAAUAAUGAAACAUGCAAGACGUUGGAUGUAAAUAUCAGAGCUGUGUCAAGGUCACAAACGAUAGUGGUGAUUGUGUAGAGUACAGUUCUUCACCCAGUUCCACCUCCUACAUGUCAUCUAAAGUCAGUUGUUCUUCUAUCUUGUACCUGUGGUCCUGUAUGCUUAGGUAACAUGCUGUCCUAAUCUUAAACCACCUGUCAAAAACCAGAGUAAAUAUAUUGCCCAAUAUCUCACAAACGUGACAUGGAUACUGGAUUUGUUGCCAUAU